CCGAUCCCCCCUUAACCCCUCAUGGAGUUCGCGGAGAACCUGAUCCUGCGGCUGAUGGAGGACCCGGAGCAGCGGGACGAGGCGCAGCGGGCGCACGUCUACCGGAUGAAGGAGCGGUGCGAGCGCACCAAGGCGGCCUGGGCGCUCCCGCUCCGCCCCUACGGCUUCUGGACAUUCGACCGCUUCAAUUCCCAGCUCUCCUGGGACCCCCAGAUCAGCCAGGCAGCCGGCCGCCGCGACCCCUACGACGACCUCCUCGCCCGCCACGCCGGCCCCGCCCCGCCCCCGUCCUCCUCCCUCCUGAAGCCCUAAUCCGAUGUCACCGUUCAGUCGAUUUGCGAAACUGUGAUGAAUCGCCUUAUCUUUACACCUGCUAUUCAUCGUGUGUCCGCUGGUAGGAGAAGCCUGCAGUGGAGUUUUGCUUCAAGUUCUGAUGAGUUAGGCUUUGUGUUUCUCCAGUCACUGGCAUUCUGUUAAACAUA